AUGGCUACUGUGGAGCCCGUCUACGCGCAGAUCGUCAAGCCGAACGGAAAUCGCAAAAAUUCCUUCAAGCAACUGUUCUCCUUUGCUUCAAAUGACCACACGAAGACUCCGAUUGGUGAACUCCCAAGAACUUUUCCACCAGAGAGAUAUCAUUCUUGUUUUGUCAAGCAGACAAAUUGGUCUAAAAAGCGUAACAGUCACAAGACAUUUCUCAUCGUCUUCUCGACAUUGUUCAUCCUAGUCGAUAUGGCGUUUUGGCUCGUCUAUAAUUUAAAAGAAUUUGGAAAAACACUUGAAGGUGUGCUCUCCCAGAAUCCCUUUGAACUCGUGCACACCUUUCUUGGCACUGGAAUCACGCUUGUUUACAUAGUUUUCUAUUUGAUUGGCGUGAAUGCGGUGAUCUUCAAACAACGGCACUUGUUGAUGUCUUUCAUGAUUUAUCUAAUUGUCGCCGUUUUUCUCAACAUCUUACACAUCGCUUACCAUGUCGUCAACUUAAUUCUCUACGAGACAAUGGUUAUAAUCAUUGUUGAAAUUGUUUGGUUGUUGGCUAUUCUAUACUUUGUACGAAUUCAUAUCUAUUAUUUGACUUUAUGCGAUAAAUGCUCAAGAAAUCGUGGCUAUGUCAAUGUCGAAGAUGAGACUUGUGAAGGCGCUGAACAAAAUCUCAUCCUCGAUGUGGAGCAAUGUCAAAGCAGCACGCUUCCACAAAUGCCCGACCAUAUCUGUGUAAGAAAAAUUCAAAAAAGCGCCUGGCCAAGGGUUCGCAUCAUUCACAAGGGGUUUAUUAUUGCUUUCUCGUCGGCUUUGGUGGUAGUGCUGGCUACAUUUUGGUCAUUGAUGCAUCCUCGGAAUGAUAAAUAUUUCCCGUUCUCCACCGCUCCUUACAAUGCCAUUCACAAUUUGAUCGCCAACAUCGUCUUUUUGACCUCCAUUGUCUCGUGCUCUGCCGGAACUUACGCGAUUCUCUUUAAAAGGCGAAAAAUGAUUGUCGGAGUCAUGGUGCAUUUGGCUUUAAUGUUUUCCCUUGAUCCUCUGCAAGAGGGUGGCUGGGUGAAGACGAGAAGAGCACAUAAAGCAAUUAUUGUUGUCUUCCUCACCGCCUACAAUAUCAUUUUGGCAAUCGUUUGGGCAAUGAUCAACUGGGUGAAUAUUGGUCAAUUAAAAGACUGGUUCGCCCAUGGUUUUCUCCAAGCGUUGAAUCUCUUCUUUUGGACAAUCGUCGUCCACUUUUCCUAUAUGAUUUUCUCGGUGAUCGGCAUCUAUGCGAUGAUGUUGAAGAAGAAACGAUUGCUGAUAUCUUUCAUCAUCUACUUGGUAGUGGCUGAGAUCGUAUGGCUUCAGGAUGUCAUCUAUCACUCAAUUCGCGAUGAUCCAUAUGAUUGGGUGGUCUGCUCGGCUGUCUACUCGGCCUGGUGUCCGGUAGUAUUCGGCUUUUCGGUUUUCCAUCUCCGCAAAAUGAAGCAAUGCAUGGAAUGCUAU